AUGGCAUCGCCUGGCAACAUCCGUUUUGAUCAUCUACAAGUGCCAGAUGGCUAUGACUGGACUAUUGAGGACUUGAACUAUUCCCAAUUCGUCCCUCUUGCCUAUCAAUUAUCUACCCCUAUACUGGCUGAGCCAUCUAUGGCAUCUGCGGGUCCUCUUCGAUAUACCCAUCCCAUACAGUAUCCCAUUGCAUCCGUUGCACCGGGUUUCCCCGUAUCUACUUCCUUACACUCGACUUGUUCCGACCUGUGUCGCUUCAAGCAGAAUGUUAUACACCAAUCUCCAAUCAACAAUGACUGUGCAGCUAUGGCCCCGGCGCCAGGCUAUCUCGACCCUAAUCACGGGGUCGCUUGCACCACUUUGCCGGUAUCUACUUGGUCUCCUCAAAAGGGAUCCCAGGUCAAGGCCACCAGCGAUAGCUAUACGAAGGGAAAGAGAGCUUAUGGUCGUAGCCGAGGAAGACAACAGAAGCAGGAGUGA